AUGCCAGUUCACAUCGAAGUGGGCGUGCUCUUGGGAAUGACUGGCAGUUAUGUUGCCUCCGUGUGCUUUGGGCUCGCUACUGGGCUGCCAAGAAACUCCUAUGCUUCUGAUUCAUCAAGCACCCCAUCAUCUUUUGCAAUGCCCUGGGCUGUGGAGCUCUUUUUCGGGUUGCUGCCGGUCGUGUUUGUCAUCCAUUCCCUCCGCAACAUUUUUCAAAAGCAGGCGCAGAUGUUGGAAGACUUGGAGCACUUUGAUGCGGAACAGGCAAGCUGCAGAUCCGAUUUUGACCGAGAUUUCAUUUUUACUGGGAUCGAGGCAUGGUUCGGCAGCACCGCGAACUUCAACCACUACGUGAGGACCACACUCCGCAAAUCCCUUCUGCGGAAACGGAACCCUUUUCCAGCUCGGUACUCUUCUUUGAUCGUGAUAGGGCCAGUCAGUCUGGGUCUGGAAGUUGUUCUGAGCAUGUGCAAGGAGGGCGCGCCCUUUAAAAGUAUAAUGGUUUUCGUUGGUUGCCAAGUGGUCUGCGCCAAUGUGAUUUGGCUGAUGUUGAGCAUUAGGCUGCUGACUUUGCUCUCUGAGCAUUUCUUCAGACACAGCAGCUCGCAGUGCAGGGACUACGCCAAAUCGCUGUUUGUUUGGUUGGUGUUUUACAUCUUCUUCUACAUUGGCGUCCUAGCUGGUGGAGAAACCCGAAAGGUCAGUGAGGUGGCAGCUCUCAUUUGGAUUCUCACAGCGCUAUCAAUAUUUGGGCUCGCAAUGUGGAGUGGCCUGCUGUGA